GUCCGAUAAAAGUUAAUAAAGAGAAAAUUAGACACGUCUUCCUCUUUCCCCACAACCUUCAUUCAAUCAUGCCAUUGUUGGCAAAGUGAAGAAAUCAUGUCAAGUAAUAGUCCAUCGUCAUCAUCUCCUACAGCAUCAAUUGGGUCACACACUUCUCCUCUCAAAAAUGGUAAUCAGUCUGGUGGAUUGACAGCUAAAAUUGGAGUGGAACCAAUCAUUCGAAAAGGAUUACAGGUCAUAUCACGAGGACAUCGAGCAUGCAAUGUCUGUAGAAGACAAAAAAUGCGUUGUGAAGGAUAUACGGACGGAGCUUGUAAUCGAUGUAGAAAUACAAAACAAGAAUGUAUAUUUGAAAUACCGCCAGCAAAACAAACAUCGACAGCCACAUCAACAACAACAGCGAUGAACGCAGAACGAGAAAGUGCAAAUCAUGCACGAUUUCAGAGAUUGGAAUCACAAAUUGCAGAUUUGCAUUUUAUGAUGAGAGAAGUAAUUUCAGCCACAGCUAUCAAAAAUGCAUCUCCGUAUAGUGUUGCUCAGCCAUCAGGAUCACAGCAAGCUAUUCCAGUGCAGAAUGUACCGCUUCAGAGUGAACCCCAACAAGCCGGCCAUCAACAGAGGUCUGCAUUAGACGCAGAGAGGGAAAGACCGCGUAGUCUCAGUACAAGCACAACAAAGUCAAACAAACGUAAAAGAUUAGAUGCCGGAGAUUUACCGGAAGAAGGAUUAGGUGCACCACUCAAGACGUUGAGAGGAUUGGCAGAAGCAGCAAUACGAACGCCUAGGCUAGAAGUCAAUUCCAAUAUGACAGAACCACCAAGUCAUGCGCCUUUCUUGUAUCAAUCUGCUGGACCAUCUCGGGCUGUCUCGCCUGUGUCGGGGAACAGGCAAGCUGUCAAGCUGAAUGAUGUCGUAUCCAACGGCACAUUAGAUGAGACAGAAGCAAGACGACUUUGGUCUGUAUUUUCGCAAGGUUGCCCGCGUUUCAUUGCUGCCUGCUUUGUGCAAGAUGAUCGAGCUUCGAGCGAGGAUACUUUCUCCCUCACAAGAAGGGCAUCAACAUUUCUAUUUGUCACAAUUUUAGCGAUUGGAGCGCAAAUUGAUUCCAUGUCUAAUGGCAAACAUGCCGCAUACCAAAUAUGCUGUCAACAAGCACAAUGGUAUGCGCAACGAACUUUACUCUUGCAUGCUCCUCAAUUACGAGUGGAAGAUGUGAUGGCUUUGAACUUGAUGGCAAGCUAUAGCGAUUAUGGAUGGCUUUUGAGCGGUCAUGCUGUCCGGAUCGCACAAGAGCUGGGUCUUGAUACAUAUUUCAGCAAGAUUAUGCGAAUGGAACACUCCCUAUCACACAGAAGAGACGAUCAAAGAGAAUCUUCUGUGUCUUCUCUUACCUCAAGAACAUCGGCUGAAGCUCCGUUGAACAACACAAGUGACAGUAAUGAUGGCUCAGAAAGUGAUGUGCCUCGUACAUUGGUAAUGGGAGCUCGAAUUUGGUUCUUCAGCUUUUUGUUAGAGCACCAAAUCAGUUAUGGAGCCGGUCGGACUGCUAUGCUUCAGCAUCACACGGUAGACGGAUGCAGGGACUUUUUGCGAUUGCCAGCACCUCUUGUUUCCUCUAUUGAUGCUCGCUUUGUGGCUACGUUGGAAUUGAUGGUGAUCCGAGAAAGGCAUAUCAAUUGUCUUGCUUCGUUUGAUCAACCUAUCAAUGAUUUAAUGCUUGGAAAUGUGUACACCCUAAAUGAAGAUUUACGUGCUUGGCUUGAACAUUGGACAAGAGAUCUUCGACAAAGAGGAUACGAUGAAAGUAGCUUUUGGAUGGCUUCUUUGCAUUUACAAUGUGCAACGGCAAAGCUGUAUCUGACGAGCACUUCCUUACGAUCGGCAGGGAUUGCGCAACAUGGAAAUGCACAAACACGUUGGGAAUCCCUGAAUGCAGGACGUAGAGAUUUGGUCGUACAGUCUGUCAAAGCCGCUUCUGAUGCUUUGAGUAUUGCGGUGGAAAAUAAGGAAUAUUUCAAUUUGUUGAAAUGGGCACCUCAUUAUACAAUCGUCACAGUGACUUUUUCGGCAGUGUACCUGUUGAAAGCCAUUCGAAUCUUUCCGUCACAGUACCUUCUACCGCCAUCAAUCUUACAAGAUGUUUUCGUACAUAGUGAAAUGCUCGUCUCUCGUCUGAGGGAGAUUCCAAGUGCCAACAAGUUUGGCUUAGUCGUUCUGCACAUGCUACGACAGUGCUCAAAUCAAAUGGAUUCUCGAUCAUCAAGCAAUACAGCACAAGGCAGUCCUGCACAUCAAAGAAAUGUUCGAGAAGAGGACAGAUAUAGAAAUUUUACCACACCUCCGCCACCUCAAUCGCAAGAUCAAAGGUUCGUGCAGAAUCCCUCCAGAGCAACUCAAACUGCCACUUGGAGCGGAUUUGCACCUGUACAAUCUUCUACUUUCGUACCUUUCAUGAACGGAAACGAAACAAAUUUGCCACCUUUACAACAACCUUCUUCGUAUUCUGCUUUACCAGACACACAUCAAAAGUUUGAAAACUUUGAUCAAAUUCUCUAUGAACUUGGCUUAGAUGAAAACUUCAUCGGUGGUCUCGAUAAUGGAAGCGAUAAAUUCGUCGAUUUCAGCAAUACAGCUCCUUUCUAAUCACAGUGAGAAUUGGGACAGAUCCUCUUCAAUGGAACAUCUGUUAUACUGUAUAUUAUAAUUAUAACCAUGUAGCUACUAUUCUCAACACAAAAUUAAUCAUAUUGUACGGGUUUUAUCUACAAAUGCAGUUUUACAAAUUUGAUUGAUGAAUCUAAUUCAAACUUGCGAAAGGUACGCUAUCCUCAUCUUGAAUGGGUGCCUUUAGCAAGAAUGCAUUUGUGCAUUUAGCCAUCGUUGGACUUGCUCUGCUGAUUGGAUCGGUCAUGUAAAAGUUUGUGAUUGGACGUAAUAGAGGUGCUCCUGUUGCUUUUGCUCCUUUGAGAUUUCUUUGUAAUUCACUGAAUGCCAAACUUGUUUGUCCAGCUGGUUCAGCAACAUCAUAUCUGAUCAAAGUUGGACUAAUCUCAAAUAGACGAUCACGGAUAUCCAGUGUUUCAUCAUAUGGCAAAGGUGUUCCCAAAACUUCUGAAAGUGCACGCA